AUGACAGAAGGAAGAAGACUUUCGAACCGUUCAAGCAUUCGCAACACUACACAAUUGCUUUCUGACAAUUCGAAUAAAUCAAAGGGAGCACGGUCGAAAUUUAGGAAAACCCCUGGUUCCCAAUCACCAGUGAAGCAACACAGUUCGUCGUAUGCACCAUUGAGAGAGGGUCAGAACAUGCUUGAUAAUAAAGAUAAUUCUAGCUUUCAGAAACAAAUGAAUCGUAUUACAGAGCCACCAAGUAAGAACAUUAACUAUGAAUGCCCUAAAAUAAAUGUAAAGGUUGGGUUCCAAAAUCAACAAGGAAGCAGGACUGUUUACAAGUUGGAAGCUCCAUUACCUAACCAAAAAACGAUCACUAUAUCAUCAACCAUUACCAGACUUAUGAGGAAGCAUCACGACCGUUCAGAAACUUUAAAAAUCAUGAAUGAUGACAAAUAUACCUAUGACACUUUAAGCAAUCUACCGGUUGUUCUAAACGAAUAUAUAUCUCAAAGAAUGUAUGCACAGCAAACCAUGCCACAAAAACCUGUUUCAAGGCGUUUAUACAAUAGAGUUGAUCAAUUGCUGGCUCAAGAAAAUCAAUUUCUCUCUGCAAACGAUAGUACAGAUCUCAGUUUCGAUGGAAAGGCUAUGGAUAAAAAUGAUAUUUUCAGGAUUGUUGAUUCUUUCUCUGUUGCAUUCGACGAUGACGACGAAGACGGCGAUUAUGAAGAUGACCAGUAUUCAAAUAAGAUGAAGAACGUCCUUCCAAGGGAGGUUACAGGAGUCUUCUAG